CUGGGGGUCGCGUCUCCCCGCCGUUAAAGGCUCUGCGUGGCUCUGCCGCCUGUUCUGUCGGUUUGUGACCUUACCGACCUCGGGAGUCAUAGGAAGGAUGCCGGGGGACCCAGUAAAUGUAGGAAUGGACUCAGUGGCCAUUGAGGAUGUGACUGUGAACUUCACCCUGGAGGAGUGGGCUUUACUGGAUCCUUCACAGAAGAAACUCUACAGAGAUGUGAUGUGGGAAACCUUCAGGAACCUGGCCUCAAUAGGAAAAACAUGGGAAAAUCAUGAUAUUGAAGAUCAAUACAAAAAUCAAGGGAGAAAACAAAGAAGUCAAAUGGUAUUGAGACUCUGUGAAAGUAAAGAGGGUAGUCAAUGUGGAGAAACCCUCAGCCUUAUUCCAAAUCUCAAUCUGAAUAUGAAAAUGACUGUAGCAAAACCAUGUAAAUAUAGUGCAUGUGGAAAAGUCUUCAUGCAUCAUUCAUCCCUUAAUAGGCACGUUAGAUGUCACACUGAACACAAAGCAUAUGACUAUCAAAAAUAUGGAGAGAAGCCAUAUAAAUGUAAGCAAUGUUGGAAAGCCUUCCCUUUUCCCAGUGCUCUUCGGAAACAUGAAAUAACUCAUACUGGAGCAAAACCCUAUCAAUGUAAAAAAUGCAGUAAAGCAUUCACUUCUUCCAGUUCUCUUCGAGUACAUGAAAGAAUUCAUACUGGGGAGAGACCCUAUGAAUGUAAGGAAUGUGGGAAAGCCUUUAUAUCUCCUUCAAGCCUUCGAUCACACAUGAUCUGUCACACUGGAGAUGGACCUUAUAAAUGUAAGGAAUGUGAGAAAGUAUUUAUUUCUCCUAGUGCAUUUCGAAUACAUGAAAGGAGUCACACUGGAGAGAAACCCUAUGAAUGUAAAAAUUGUGGUAAAGCAUUCAGUCAUCCCAGAACUCUUCGAAUGCAUGGAAGAACUCACACUGGAAAGAAACCCUAUAAAUGUAAGGAAUGUGGGAAAGACUUUAUUGCUCUCACAAACCUUCGAGUACAUGUGAUCACUCACACUGGAGAUGGACCUUAUAAAUGUAAGGAAUGUGGAAAAGUUUUCAUUCAUCCCAGUUCAUUUCAAAUACAUGAAAGGAGUCACACUGGAGAGAAACCCUAUGAAUGUAAAGAAUGUGGGAAAGCCUUCAGUUUGCAAGCUAACUUAAAAAAACACAAAAGAACUCACAGAGGAGGGACACCCUUUGUGUGUAAAGAAUGUGGUAAUGCUUUUAUUUCUCCUCAAGUUUUCCAAAUACAUGAAAGAAAUCACACUAGAGAGAAAUUCUAUGAAUGUAAAAAGUGCAAUAAAGCACUCACUUCCUCCAUUUCUCUUCGAAGACAUGAAAGAUAUCACACUAGAGGGAAACCCUAUGAAUGUAAAAAAUGCAGUAAAACAUUCUGUUAUCCCAGUUCUCUUCAAGUACAUGAAAGAACUCAUACUGGAGAGAAACCCUAUGAAUGUAUGGAAUGUGGGAAAGCCUUUACAUCUCCUUCAAGCCUUCGAUCACAUGUGAUCUUUCACACUGGAGAUGGACCUUAUAAAUGUAAGGCGUGUGAGAAAGUGUUUAUUUCUCCCAGUGCAUUUCGAGUACAUGAAAGGAGUCACACUGGAGAGAAACCCUAUGAAUGUAAAGAAUGCAGUAAAGCAUUCAGUUGUACCAGUUCUCUUCGAGUACAUGAAAGAAUUCAUACAGGAGAGAAACCCUAUAAAUGUAAAAAAUGCAUUAAAGCCUUCACUUCUUCCAGUUCUCUUCGCGUGCAUGAAAGAAUUCACACUGGAGAGAAGCCGUAUGAAUGUAAGGAAUGUGGGAAAGCCUUUAUAGAUCCCUCAAGCCUUCGAACACACGUGAUGAUUCACACUGGAGAUAGACGUUAUAAAUGUAAGGAAUGUGAGAAAGCAUUCAUGUAUCCCACAUUACUUCGAAGACAUGAAAGAAGUCAUGCUGGAGUGAAAACCUAUGAAUGUUAAGAAUAUGGGAAAGCCUCCAGUUCUCAUCCAAAUACAUAAAAGAAAUCACACUGGAGAGAAACUGUAUGAAUGUACAAAAUGUAGUAAAGCAUUUGGUUUUCCCAGUUCUCUUUGAAGACAUGAAAGAAUUCUUGCUGGAGAGAAACCCUAUGGAUGGCAGGAAAGUGGGACAGCCCUUAUUUGUCAAGCAAACUUUUGAGGAUAUGUGAGAAUUCACACUAGAGGAAAAGCCAUAUAAAUGUAAUGAAUGUGGGAAAGACUCAUGUUAUCCCAGUUCUUUCUGAAGGCAUAAAAGAAAUCACUUGAUUAAAAUGUCUUGAAUGUAAACAAUGUGGGAAAGACUUCAAAUGGCUUACGUCAUUAUAUGUGAAAUUCCCACCAAAAAGAAAUUUAAAUAUAAGUCAUAUGAGAAAACUUGAUGGAAAUUAGGCUGUUCUAGAAAACUUUCAACAUGAAAAAGUGGCUAUGAAAUUUGUAAAUAUAUUGUGUUGACCAGCCAUCUUUCUUAAAGUACAACAUUGGAUUGUGGAUUUCUGUUAAGUACUUUCAGAAAUGAAUAUUGAAGUGAGGUAAUUCUGCAAGUCAUCCUUCAUCAAUAGUAUAUGAGAUUACUAAGUAGUGGUUUUUCCUUAAAUCAAUUAAUGAUAUUUUAUCUUUAAUUUUUGUAUAAUGUAUUCAUUAUUCUGUAUUAAGGGGCCAUUGAAAAAAUGACAGUUUAUAUUUGUUGGGAUUUUCUUACUGUCCUUGUAUUGCAGUUCCUGGAUAGGCCUAACCCAUUGUAUAUAUUGUUCCUUUCUUAGAGAAACCUCGUUUUUGUGGGUGGUGGUUGUAGGAGCCUGUUUUUAUUGUCCAUAAUAUUAAAUAGUUGGAAUAAAUUAUCACGUGUAGCAAGUUGAUCAAAGAG